AUGUUUGGACUUUUUUUCUUCAUUUUAUUCACCCCUGGAGUCAGUGAAUUUCUUUGUAUGUCAUCAGACCUAGAAUUAUCAUAUACUUUUUGUGAUUCUACAGCUCACACUUUCAUGUUUAAUCUGACACCUUGCAACAUCAUGAACAGAUAUGUCUGGAAGGCUGCUCUUAACUGGAUUCCAAGAAGUGACAUCACCUUUUUGAAGCUUGUCUUUGAUGUCUUGUACGACGGUGCCAAAGCACUCCACUGGAAAGAAGUCCUAUGCAGUGGAGCUGACGAUGAAUAUUCAGUGUGUGGGGCAGUGAAAGGAGAAACAAUUGCAACAGAAUUUGACAUUAAAGGUUCAAGGAUAAAGUUUCCAAAGGGCAAUUAUAACGUUCUUUUACAUGGAUUCACUGACGAUUCUGAGAAUAAUAGGGUCAUAUGCUUGAAUUUCACCAUGAUAGUGAAACAAGAUGCUUUCUAA